AUGGCGAAUCUUGAUCGACCUUCUACGGAUCAUUACGAGAAUCCGUAUUAUCUUCAUUCAUCGGAUCAUGCUGGUUUGGUGCUUGUUUCUGAUCGCUUGACUUCUGGAUCUGAGUUUCAUUCAUGGCGAAGAUCGGUGCGAAUGGCCUUGAACGUUCGUAACAAACUUGGCUUCAUCGACGGAACGAUUCCAAAGCCGUUGCCGACUGAUAGCAAUGCUGGAUCGUGGUCGAGUUGCAAUGACAUGGUUGCGACUUGGCUCAUCAAUUCGGUUUCCAAAAAGAUUGGACAGAGUCUUUUGUUCAUGUCAACAGCUGAGGCGAUUUGGAAGAAUCUUCUUUGCCGUUUCAAGCAGGAUGAUGCGCCACGGGUCUAUGAGAUAGAGCAACGUCUUAGCUCUAUUCAACAAGGUUCCAUGGAUGUAAGUACGUAUUACACUGAGCUUGUGACUUUAUGGGAGGAGUAUAAGAACUAUGUGGAGUUGCCGGUGUGUACUUGUGGACAUUGUGAGUGUAAUGCAGCUAUGCUUUGGGAAAGAUUACAGCAACGGAGUCGUGUUACGAAGUUUUUAAUGGGCUUGAAUGAGGUCUAUGAGCAAACAAGACGCCACAUCUUGAUGUUGAAACCUGUACCAACGAUUGAUGAGGUCUUUAACAUGAUUUCUCAAGAUGAAAGGCAGAAGAAUUUGAAGCCUGCUGUCAAGCCAGAGUCCGCUGUUUUCCAAGCUACUGCUACAUCUGAGAAUGUGGAGAAUGUUUUAUACAAUGGUCCACUGGAGAAUGCUGCUUAUGCUGCACAAUAUCGGCCUUACAACAAGAUUGUUUGUACUCAUUGUGGGCGCUCUGGCCAUACAUACCAGAAGUGUUACAAGUUGAAUGGCUAUCCUCCAGGCCAUAAGUUGCAUAAUCGAUCUGGCCAGAACAUGCCUUCUCAAGCUCGGGGUAUUUCUCAGGCUGGAACUCCUCGUUCUUCUGCGUCUUCUCAGAGUUCUCAGAACUAUUAUCAGAAGAAUGCUGUUGCUAAUGCUGUGUCUUGUCCGCCAUCAAAUGCUUUGGAUUUAAGCCAGUUUAGUUCUGAGCAAGUGUAG